CUUGACUCUUUCAUGAGCCUCAUAUAAACCACCCACCCCGCGCCUUCCAUGCCUUAGGACGCCCUCACCCCCUCUCCUACGCUUCUAACAACUCACCAACGUCACUCAUUCACCACUUUUAAAACUCUACGAUGAUCCUCAGGCUCUCAUCGCUCGCCCUCGGGCUGCUCUCCACGAGCUCCCUUGCCCAUGCGCUCGCCCCUUCAGAUAUUCCCGCAGAUACGCCCGUAGCGCAGCUCAUAAAAGACGCCGGCGUGAAACUCGCUACUGGAAAUGCGCAAGAAGCACUCACAUACUUCGACGUCGCCAUCUCCCGCGAUCCUAAGAAUUACCUCACCUUCUUCAGGCGCGGCGCGGCAUACCUCUCGCUCGGAAGGACGGACAAGGCGCAACAUGAUUUCGAUAAAGUCCUCGAGCUGCGGCCUGGGUUUGAGGGCGCACUGGUGCAAAGGGCGAAGCUGAGAGCCAGAAAGGCCGAAUGGGCGGCCGCCCGGAAAGACUACGAGGCGGCGGGCAAGAAAGAGGAUAUCGCGCAGCUUGAAGAAGCGCAAGGUGCAGCUUUUCUGGCUAAGGAGGCUGCCGAGAAGGGUGACUGGGACUCGUGCAUCAGCCAAGCAGGUGUCGCCAUCAUGGUCGCAGGCGCGGCAUACGACAUCCGGAAGAUGAGGGCCAGGUGUCGCUUCGAGAAGGGUGAAGUUGUCGAGGGCAUCAGCGACCUGCAGCACCUUCUGCAGAUCAACACGGGCGACAUCGAACCACAUCUCCAGAGCUCAGCCAUGGCUUUCUACUCGCUCGGCGAAACGGACAAGGGCCUCAAGCACAUCGCGCAGUGUCUGCAGUCGGAUCCUGAUUCGAAGGCAUGCAUGAAGCUUAGGAGACGGGAGAAGAAUCUCGAAAAGGACCUGAAGAAGGUUCGACAAUUCUUUGAGAGGCGGCAGUUUGCCACUGGGGUCAAGCUACUGAUCGAUCGCGGCGAAGAGGAACCCGGGCUUCUGAAAGAGGUCAAGGAGGAUUUCGAAGACUACGUGAAGAAGGGCUACAUCUAUAAGAACUCGCCGCAAGGACUCUACAGGACAUUGGUCGAGAUGACUUGCGAGGCUUAUUACGAGAUGAACAACUUGAAGAAGGGCACCCCCUACUGUACCGAAGCUCUCCAGCUAAAUCCCAACUCUCUGCACGCCCUCCUCAGUCAAGCCCAGCGACAAAUCGACUCCGACGAAUUCGAGGCCGCGAUCCGCACACUCGAGACGGCAAAGGAGCACCACCAGCACCAGAAGAUACAGGAGCUCCUCCAGAAGGCACACACCCUUCUCAAACGAUCCAAGCAAAAGGACUACUACAAGGUACUUGGCGUGGACCGCGACGCCGACGAGCGCCAGAUCAAGAAGGCAUACCGCAAGCUGUCUAAGCUGUACCAUCCCGACAAGGCUUCCGCCAACAACCUCACCCCCGAAGACGCACAGAAGAAUAUGACUACUAUCAACGAAGCCUACGAAGUCCUCUCAGACCCCGAACUCAAGCAGCGCUUCGACAACGGUGACGAUCCCAACAACCCAGAACAGCAAGGCAAUCCCUUCCAAGGCUCGCCGUUUGGUUCACACGGUGGCCAGCAGUUCUACUUCAGGUCCGGUGGAGGCGGUGGCGGCUUCCCCGGCGGAGGGUUCAAGUUCCAGCAGGGUGGUGGCGGCUUCCAAUUCCCUGGCGGUUUCGGCUUUUAAUUAUCUCUUUCGCGGGUAUGGAGUUCAUUGGAAGGGGAGGCGUAUUAGGCGGGCUUCUAGAGGCAUUUCUAGGCGUUUCCCUAUCAUACUUGGUGCAUUCAUACAUACUCAUGGAAUAGCAGCUUCCGCGUGGAGCGGCUCCUACACAACAGGGUGCAGUAGC